UUCCUUAACAACGAGUGUGGGAUGCAUCGUGAUGUGGUGGCAGUAGACAGGAACCUCACGCCGCUCUCCUUGGCAAACGAGAACUGGCGCAAACCUGUGGUACUAAGUACUGCGGAUCGCAAGGCGGCAUGGGAGAGUAAGGCGCUACACGGGCGGUUCUACAAGGCCCUCACGGGACCCGAUGUGGACCUGCUCGCGUCGGUGAACUGGUUACGAUUCGGGGACCUCUUCGGAGAAACCGAGGGUUUUGCCUGUGCAAUUGCGGACGAAGUGAUGAUGACGAACAACUAUCGGAAAUAUAUCCUGAAGGACGGUACGGUCGACAUUUGUCGGGCAUGCCGCCGUCCCGGAGAGUCACUCAGGCAUAUCAUUUCCGGUUGUUCUCAUCUUGCUAACGGUGAGUACUUGCACAGACAUAAUCUCGUAGCCAGGAUUAUUCACCAGCAACUUGCUCUUCUAUACGGCCUUGUGGACCGCGAAGUACCGUACUACAAGUACUUACCUGCGCCUGUUCUCGAGAAUGGUCGUGCCACGCUCUAUUGGGAUCGAUCUAUCAUCACCGACAGGACUAUUGUCGCCAAUAAGCCUGACAUCGUGCUGAUAGACCGAUCGCAGCGCCGGGCCGUGCUCGCCGACGUCACCAUCCCCCAUGAUGAGAAUCUCGUGAAGGCCGAGAAGGACAAGUCCAGCAAGUACCUAGACUUAGCUCACGAGAUUACCGCCAUGUGGGAUGUUGACUCGACGAUCAUUGUUCCGAUAGUUGUGUCAGCGAACGGUCUCAUAGCGAAGAGUCUCGACCAUCACCUAGAGAGACUCUCGCUGGGUGGUUGGAUCAAGGGUCAGAUGCAGAAGGCGGUAAUAUUGGACACGGCGCGUAUAGUACGUCGGUUCCUCACUCUGCGGCCCUGACCACCGGCAGCUUGGGCCAAGCCCCGCUGCCGGCGGCACCCUAGGUUAGGUUUUUUAUAAUGUGUUUAUAUGUAUUUUUUUAUUGUUUUGUAAGUGUUUUUAUAUUUUACUUUUAUAUUCAUAUUAUAACAAACCUAACGUAAGACGAAAAAUAAAUAAAGAGAAUUAUAAUGAUAAUAUAACUCAGUCAUAAUAAUGACCCUUAAAAUGACGUGAGUGACCCGCAGUUAAAUAUUUUAAUGUCUUUAGGCUAUUUUUUAUGGCAGAAAUUGACACAGAACAAACUGUAUAGAGAUACCUAUUAAAUUCCCAUUAUCUAAAAAGAAAGAUUAGUAAGAUUGAAAAUCGUCAACAUUUGAUUAUCCAUCAUAAUCUAAUUGUCUUAGUAAAUUAUACUAUUACCAACCAUUCCAUAUUGAGUAAAAAGACCCAUAGCGCACACAUAAUAUGACCAGGCGGGGUAUUGUGGACGCGAAUAUCGAUUUGAUAACUACAGUAUAAAGCGUCCGUCUCUUCAGAAUUCUAGCGUAUCAGAAACUGACGUAUGAUCUAUGUUGAUAACGAGUCGUAUGCGCAGUGACCGUCAGGGUGUAUUCCCAUUUGUACCCGCCGGGCACAGAUGGGAAAGAGAGUUCAACAUAGAAACUAUCUAGAUCGAAAUUAUGUACGUUAAAAUAGAUAGGACGAAACUGAGCGGAAGGUCAUAUAUAGGAAGGAUUCAUUCCCAUUUGACCCCAGCAGGAACAAAUUAAGAAUACACUGUGUUCGCGAAUCGCGACUGUCUCUUGGAACUUUCAGACGUCGCUCAUUAACCUCACAACCUGCAGCUGACCAAGUAGUUCUGCUAACAAAAUACUCAGUAAG